AUGACGUUGCCAUAUCCGCCGCAAAUGAGUAGAGAAUGGUAUUCUGCAGGACGCUCCUUCAAUCCACCGCAGUUACAUCGUCGGAUGAGAUUCAUCGACAGUAGCGAGGAUGAAGCUGAAGGUGACGUGCGUGUUAUGAUGGGCAUGGAAAAACACUAUCCUCCGUUAUCCGUUAAGACGGCCGCGGCUGAUGUCACCAAUCCGAUGUCAAAACGCCACUCAUCCUCCUUCGUCAUCAACUCAGACAACGAAUUCAAAGUGAUGGCAGCUGGAAAACUUAUUGAUGCACUUGAAAACUUCAAACGUGCCGAAAUGAAGCCAUUCAAAGGCUCUACUGAAUCGUUACCUCCAACGUCAUCACCUCGACGUACGUCCACGACGAGGUCGCCAUUCGAUCUUUUGAGUUAUGUUCUCGGAAAAAGAACAGAAAGAUCGCUUUGUGUAUCGCCACCAAUACUCAUCUCAUCCACUUGCUCGGCCGUUUCACUACAGGAUCUAUCGAUAAUGGGUACCAGUACAAACAGCUGUGCCAGGUUCAAGCUGGAAACGGACGAGACCAGCCACUGCUAUCGACGGUAUUUCUAUGGCAGAGAACACCAUGAUUUCUUUGCAAUGGAUCCACUGGUUGGCCCACUGGUGCUAUCCGUGAGAACUGAAGUGAUUUCGUCGCAGGACCACUUCAGAAUUAUGUUGCGCUCCAAGAAAGGAACCGUUCACAAGAUCAUCUCGGCCAGCGCUUUGUCUGACAGACCAUCUGCGUCACGAAUGGCUCGUUUACUCUGCGAGGAAAUCACCAGCGAGCAGUUCACGCCGGUCGCAUUCCCUGGUGGAUCUGAGUUGAUCGUGCAGUAUGACGAACAUGUGCUGACUAACACCUACAAAUUUGGAGUAAUCUAUCAACGUGCUGGCCAGAUCAGCGAAGAGGAACUGUUCGGGAACGCCCGUAGCUCACCAGCCUUCCAAGAGUUCCUAGAUGUUCUUGGCGACACAGUUGAGCUACAAGGCUUUUUAGGAUAUCGUGGUGGCCUCGACACCGUUCACGGUCAAACGGGUCUUCAAGCCGUGUACACCGAGUUCCGUGGUCGUGAAGCAAUGUUCCAUGUGUCCACGAUGUUACCGUAUACCCUUGGGGAUCAGCAACAACUACAACGUAAACGACAUAUCGGCAACGACAUUGUCGCCAUCAUUUUCCAAGAAGCAAACACCCCAUUUGCUCCGGAUAUGAUAGCCAGCAAUUUCCUUCAUGCCUACAUCGUCGUGCAGCCAAUCGAUGCACUUACCGACAAAGUUCGCUAUCGAGUAUCAGUAGCAGCUCGUGAUGAUGUGCCAUUCUUUGGACCAACCCUACCAGCACCGUCCAUCUUCAAGAAGGGCCAGGACUUCAGGAAUUUCCUACUCACCAAGCUCAUCAACGCAGAGAAUGCCGCCUAUAAGAGCGCCAAAUUCGCCAAGUUGGCGGAACGAACACGCUCGUCCCUUCUGGACAGCCUGUAUGCCAACUUGAAGGGCCGUGCCGAGUUCUACGGUUCCCCAUUGCUCGAAAGUACCGAACAUUCCGGUGGACUUUUCAGUUCUGUCAAGAAGGCACUUAUCGGCAGAUCACGCUCCGUCUCACAAGAAGUUAACACACCAGCUCGUACGGUUUCAAUGUCCGUUCCACUACGAACAUUCACGGUACCAAAACGAGCAGCAAAUUCGGAACGAGAUAAGAGUUCCAGCUCCAGUGGUACCAGUUCGUUACGUCGUGACAGUCUAAGCAGGGACGAUCGGAGUGACUCUCCAGCCGAAGGUGACGCCCUACCGACAACUGUCUCACCAAGAGGAGUUCAGAGAAGGAUUGUCGGGCGACAUGUGAGCGCCAAACCGUCCUUCAACCUACAAUCAAGGCAAGAGUGGGAGGUGUCAUCGGCGGACAACGAUUCCCCUGAGAACGAGGUCGAUUCGGACACUGGAAUGGAGUCAAUGUCUUCCACUGACCAGCCAUCAACUCGGUUG